GAGAGACAGCACAUAGAAAGAUAGAUUGAAAAGAGAGAAAAGGGAGGGAGAGACAGGAGAGGGAGGUAAAUAUGUGACAGGAUGUGGUUUCCCUGAGCUUGCAGAACAUCGGUAUACAGGCAUACUUUGAGCAUGACCUAAACACAGCGAGCUUACAAGUGUGUUCGAGCUCCGUUAGGUGGCGAGGGGGAAGACGAAGCAAACCGCUGGAGCUGCUGCUGCUGCUGAGCCUGUAGACGCUCUGCUUUCUCUGCUGCCUGCCUACCGGAGGACUGUGUUUCCUUUAAUCCAGCCAGCUUCACGGCCACCUCUGUCAGCUUGUCGGACAGGAUCUGAACCUCCAUCCUCCUCCUCCUGCUCCUCCUGAGUAGAAUGUGUUUCGCUGCUGGAGGCUCUGGUCCAGUUGCUGCCUUCGUGUCCAAGCAGUGAACUUUUCAUCAAAGAUUUUGUGAAUCAGGGUCCGUGCACUGAGAGACAGACACACUGUGGAGCCAUGGGCUGCGGGCUGCGCAAGAUGAAGCCGAUGUCGGAGGAGAACAGUCCGGGGAAGAUUUACUCCACGCUGAAGAGACCACAGGUGGAGACCAAGGUGGGCGUGGCCUACACCUACCGCUACCUGGACUUCCUCAUCGGCAAAGAUGGUGGGACGUCCACGCUGCGUCUCUCGUCGGUGCGGGAGCUGCCCAGCCAGCUGCAGGAGCUCUACCAGCAGGGCUUCAUUCUGGCAUCUGUUCACCCGUUCAUCCACCCCUGUGGUCCAGAGUCCAACAGCCCACAGCACCAGCUCUACCGGGCCAUACUGAUCCGCCUCAACGACGGGGUGGAAAGGAGCCAGUCGGUCUGCCCACCGUACAAACUGCAGCUGGAAGAGUGUCUUUCUGCUGAGCAGGUGCCCACCCCAGAGCUCAUCCAGGGCUACGUCAAGAAGCAGAUCCAGGAUGCGGCUGACCAGGGGGUGAUGUUCGUGGGAUUUGUCCAGGAACCCUAUGGGGCCCCGUGCACCAGGAUCAGAGAACCUGACACCCCCUCCCUCUCCCUGCACUCCAGCCCCAGCUCUGUGCUCGGCUCCCUGGGCAGCUGCAGCCCCUCGAACCCCUCAAGUCCCAAAAACCACGCAGCACCUGGAGCUCCGGCUGAGGCGGCGGACACAGUGGGGAACGAGGAGGAGGCCUCACACGAGGCUGGGGAAGGAGCACCGAGUGGGGAGAAGAAUCAAAGUGAGAACACUGGGAACCAUUCAGGGGUCGGGGUGGAGGGCAGUCAGGGCGAGGUCUCGCCUGUGGCAUCUCCAGUUCCAGUGGGAGAUCUGGAGCACAGCGAGGAGCUGACGGAGGAGCUGACGGAGGAGGAGUCGCCGUGUCACAACAACAACAAAGACAGCGGCAGAGAUGCAAAGGAGAGGCCGAGAUACCGCCUGCGGAGGGGCGACGGGGUGGAACUGCUCGCUUUGUACAACCACCCGCCCAUCCGAGAGGGCCAGGUGAAGUACUACACUGUCAAGGUGCCACUGCGGGUUCAGAACUGUGACGAGGGGGUGAAAGGCGUGGAGGCCAACUGGCUGGACCACAUGACCCAGCACUUCAACAACGGAGCCUCGCUGGUCGAUGGAUACUUCCACCUGGGCAACGUGAACGAUAUGCUGCCUAAGUCGGUGGAAAGUGUCUUCAUCUUCCAGGAGGCGAGCGAGGGCGAGCCGAGCACACCGACCCCGACAUUCGACGCCAUCGUGGUGGAGCAGUGGACCGUCAUUAAUGGUUUGCAGGUGAAGGCGGAUUAUAUUCCUCUGCUGCAGUCCCUGGCUUCAUAUGGAUGGAGGCUCACCUGUGUGCUGCCCACUCCUGUCAUCAAGACUAACAGUGAUGGAAGUCUGUCCACCAAACAGAUUGUUUUCCUGCAGAGACCGAUCUUGGGCCGAAAGAGGAGGGAAUCCAAGAAAUUGAUCUUCAAGCCCCGAAGCAAGUCCAACAAGCACUGCAUCAAAGACUCGGCGAAGAACAAGAAGAAGAAGAAGACAAAAACCGAGAAGGAUGCAGAGGACCCCAAGAUUCUCGAUGAGAGAGAAAAAGUUGAGAGGGAGGAAGACAAGAGUAGGGAUGAAAGGGUAACAGAUGAAGAGGCGGCGAAAGAAAGUGAGGAGUCGAAAGAAAGGGAUGUGAGGUGUGAGGAAGAUAUGAUGAUCGAUGGGAUUGAAAUCAGCAUAGAGACUGUUGUGAAGAAAGAUGGAGGUGCAGAGACGGAAGACAAAGGAGCAGAAAAUGGCACAGAAGAAGACGAUGGAGGUGAAAAGACGGCAGCGGAUGGAGAGAAAGACAACGGAGAGCCUUUAGAAAACGGAGAGGUCCAGGAAGUGACGGAAAUCACAGCAACUGUCGAAACGCAGAGCGAGACCAAAGAAAAGGAGGAGGAGGGCGUGGCAGAGGUUGUGAUCGAAAACGGGGUGGAGACGGAUGAGGAGAAGGAUGAGGGCGAAGAGACAGAAGGACCAGCAGACGGGGAGGUCAUCACCAAGGAGAUCGUGGCGGAUUCACAGGCCAAGCCGACUAAUCAGAGCCCGGAGGAGACUCAAGAGUAGCCCCCAAGUAGUCCAAGUCAAGGUUUUUCCCUGUCCUACCUCUCAAAAUCCCCCAUCAAAAGAACAGUGUUGUCCCUGAUCCAAAUUAAAGGGGCUUGGAUCCCCUAUUACUGCAGCAUUCUCCACACCUACCAUCUUUCAUAGACAAAAACUCCCUGAAACCUGCCAUCGUGUAGCUACAGAGCGAUUUCAUGUAACUGUAGACAUCAGCCCUACUGUAUAACCACACAUACUGAAUGUAUAUAUCCCAAACAGGAGACUUUGGUGCAGGAUAGUCAAUGUGGAGACACUGGAAUAUCACUGGGUGAGGGGAAUAUUGGGAAUGAUGCCAUGGUCAGUUUGGGAAAAACAGUUCAGGCCUGGUCACACCGGGGAAAUAUGAGACGAAAUCAAGUUCACCGUCUAAGUGAUUAGUCGUAGGGGGAUUUGUUGGAGGGAAGUAAAUCUAUGUGUAUUUUACACACAAACAGAAAUACCAUAAAAACUGAACCGCCCAUAAACUGCUCCAAAAACAAGGCAGCAGGAGUCAGAGCAGCAAAAACUGUAUGAACAUAUUUGCCUAUUAGCGACAGUUAGCCUUUUAUUAUUGAAUGAAAUGGUGUAAAAAGCCUGACAACAAAAUAUGAGACGGGGGGUGAAAGGCACAGUUGAGAAAAACUAGAUUUAGACUGACGAACGCUAGCUUGUUAGCAUUUGUAGUUCACCAAGUUGCCUUGUGAAUAAUCCUCAAAACAAGCCUCAAAACAAGGAAUGUGAAAGAUUAGUAAACGAGUCGAUGAAAUGUUGGUUACCCCCGCUAGUCAGCAACAGAAAUAAUACCGUCAGUUUUAUUAAAAGUAUUGAUAUCUCAAUAUAUUGGGUCUCAGUCUGGGAUUAGCUGCCUCCUGCAGCAGAAAGGCUCUCUGCUCUGAUCUGAACUGAUCGACCAGCUAUGGUUGGGUUCAGCAGUCAGACAGAAUUAGAUAUUAACGGUUUAAUCAUUGCAAAACCAUGACUGGUUGGACCGCAGUCGCUGAUGGCAUUUCAGCAAAUAAUAUAAACGUUAUCAGACCACACACUGGCUUUGUGAGCCUCAUUCCUAACCUGGAAUGGAUUUCAGCUGCAUUUGAAAUACAAUUUGAUGAAUGAAUAAUGUGACAAAUAAUUUUAGCUAACACUUUAUUUGAAGGGUUAUGCAUCAGACUGACAUGACGUCUGUCAUUAAGCUGAAGGAGCUUUAUGCAUGCUUAUGAAUGUUGUCAUUCGAUCAAUUAUGUCACCUUUAAUGCAAAGCUUACAUUGUUUGGGAAUGUUUUUGACAAGAACACAGGUUUACUUUAGGCCCGACAUAUUCACAUACAUUUUUUACUUUUGGAGAAGAGGAUCACACAAAAAAGUUUCUUUUAACAUUUGUGAUCAUUUAUGUUCAAACAGGAAGUAAGGGAAUAGUUAAACAGAUUAUGAUACUGAUUUAUAAAUACCUUAGUCAUCAACUUAAGUGUACUUAUACAUUAUAGGGAGGAGUUUUCUACUUUUUUUCUUUGCUGUGAGUUUCAGACAUCUCAAACAAUGUCAACUUUGCAUUAAAGGUGACAUAACCGACCAAAUGACACUUAAUGACAUAAUUCAUAAGCAUGCAUAAAGCUCCUUCAGCUUAAUGACAGUGGUCAUGUCAGUCUUAUGCAUACCCCUUCAAAUAAAGUGUUACCCAAUUAUAAAUGCCUUGUUUAAUAUAAGCAAAAACAUUCUGAUAAUGUUCAUAGAUUAUAAAUUAAAUUGACUGUUUUGGGGGGUUUUUCGUACCACAAUAUUGCUUUUUAAACUCAGAGAAAUAACUCCUCUCUAAUGUAUGGGUCUAAAUUAGACUAUGCCACUCUCUGGUGUGACCAGGCCUUUAACUAAGUAAAGCGUUACAUGAUUCCCAAUGUAACGUAAUGCAAGAAGUAAUUAGAAGUGACAGAACAGAAGUGAUCACGGACCGAGGAGCGUUCUCUGCUUGCUUUUGAAGAAUAGUCCUAGUAGUUGCCCAGAUAUAGCACCUGUUACAAGAGGUACUUGUGCUGAGCAGCUCUUUUCAGCUCGGGGAGCUGAGGAGAGAGCUCCAAAAAAAGGUCACAGUCCUAUCCAAACGACUGACAAUAAAAGGGCAGACGUGCUCCAAAAAGCAUCUUUUACGUGAUCACAGACUGCAUCGCCCCUCCCGUACCUUCGCUCUGUGCAACGUAGAAAGUUGUGAUGUGGAGGAGAACGCUGGUAGAGGUGAUGGGAAAGGCGUUUGUUGCGACAGGCAAUCCAAAGUAGGGUGAAGAGAUAAUUGUUUACGCUGAGCUCUAAGCCGUCAAGUGCUUCAAAGAGAGCCGAUAAUCACUCUUUGGUGUGGUGUGCUAAGCUCACCUUGCAUACAGAAUGUUCCAUAUUCAAACCGAGUCAGAUAAGGAUGUGAAAUUCAGCUGAAUGUUUGCAGCUCGGGGGGCAGAACUCAUAUUUAGAUGCACCUAGUUAGCUUUCACACGCAGGAGUGAGGGUUUUUUUUCUUUUCUUGCACAAAGUUGCAUUUUUAAUUACAUUUCCAGUCAAUGGCUACAAACAAAAGCUCUCAUCAGUGUGGAGACAAGGUUAAGCUGCGCGGUCAGUUCAGAGCCCUGUUGUUUACCGAGAAGAAAACCGAAGAUUGAGAAACUGAGACCCAGGGAGAGAGAGAGAGACGUGGAGAGCGAAAGAGAAAGACCACAGAGCAUAAGAGAGCUGAAUAAAAGAAAUGAAUAGGCUCAUUUAAAGUAACAGCCGUUUGCGUCCCACAUUCCCUGUUGAGAUUUUCCUUCAUUAUUUUACCUCCAGCUCUUUAAGCACCUCUUUACAGACAUCAUUUCUGACAAUAACCAAGUCAUAAUGUGCUGUUUCAUGGCAUCAUGUAGCUUUCCAUUUUAAAAAGGGGGGAGGGGAGGUGAACAGGGAGGGAGGAAGGUGGCGGCGUUCACAGUGCGGAGCUCUCAUUAGCUCACUAAUGGGUUUUGUCAGUGGGGUAUCUGUCAGGAAUCAUGCAUUUAUAAUGGGGGUCACUUAUUGGGGGAUGUAUCGACAGCAAAACACCUCAACACGUCAAGCAAAUAGCCUUCAGAUUUAACGGUGAUGUCAUGGGGAAUCGUUUGCACUGAGGAGGAAGAGUUUGUGUCAAAAAUGUUCAAUUUUUGCAAAGAAAUAACACACAAAAAACCUAUUUAUUAUAACGUUCACAUUCGGUUAAUCAAAGAACUUAAAAUACCUGCUGUCCUGCUUCACAAGCACUAUAAUUUAUCAUAAUUUGGAGCUUUUGUUUUAUGAGAAUGGAUGACACUUUGGUCAAGAGAAAUGUCUCCCUUUUCGGAGAUGAAGCUCUUCGAGUAAGAUCGAUUAUGCUGAACAAGUGCUCUCCUUAAUUAAUCCACCCGCCGCUGAGAUUUCUUUCAAUGUAAAAUGGCAAGUGAUUUUGUGUAGAGUAGAAUAUAAAAACUGUGACCAGCUUAGCCUUAUUCCUAUACUGUAAAUGCCCCACAAUCUGCUUUUAGACUUGUCUUUUAGAGGCACAAUGGUGAUUUAAGUGUUCUAUGUUUGUUCUAGUCAAACAGGAAAGAUUUGCUACAGUCAGUGUUGGUAUUUUGAAGCUGUUGUUCCCUGUUUUAUUACUGGAAUUCAGAGUGAGAGGAUAAAAAGUGUUUGUCUAUAUGAAGGUGAUAUGUUCUGAGUUAUUUUUUAAGAUGUUUUGAGCAUUUUUUUAUCAUUGUGAAUGUUCUGUUUUUGAGACCUUAUUGUGUUGCCUCUGCUGUUCUGCUAAAGCUUGCUAUAAAAUGUAUCUCUGACUGACGCUUCGAGCUACCUCCCGAGGGCUGUUGUUGGUUUUAAACCGAGGGGUCGCGGUGCGCGUGACCCCCAGAAACAUAUGCUCCUUGUCCUCUCGCCCUCCACUCCACUAUGACGGAGUCCAGACCUGCAGUCGCUAAUGGCAGACGAGGUCAAAGGGUCAUAUUUGAGCCAGAAUGGAUUUUCCACAGCUGUACACAGGAGUUUUGCACGAGCACAUGACAAAUAAAUAACCACUCUGAUAAUACAGAAUUAAGAUAUGAAGUCAUAUCAUUAUAUUCUCUGUGGUGUUUUUUUUUCUUUUUUAAACUUCAUUCUCUCAGCUGCGUUUAGCUUUCGGCUGUUUGAGCUUUAAUAAGCACUUAUUGUAUUCCAAGAAAUAUUAUUUUAUGCUCCCUCUUGCAUCAGAGCUGCUGGGGAGGAGAAACAAGACUCAGCUGUCACUUUCACACGUUUGUCAGAAUGUGACAAGUAUGAAUUAUGAAAGGCAAUACCAAAAAAAGAUGCCUUUUUUUGAUAGCUGACAUGAAUAUUUGAGAAAUAUCCCAGCUGAAUCCUGGUCAGCUUUUUUCGUCACAUUUAAUCAAUUUCUUCAUUUUCCCCCAGCGUCGAGACAAACAUUAUAACUGUCAUCUAUCCGUUUUAUGAAUAUAAAUUUGUUUUCCUGAUCUUUUAUUUUUUGAUCUGAAACUGUGACAUGUAUUCCCCCUUGGCAUCCUGUGGAAACACACACAUCAUAUUCCACUUUAUCUAAAAGAGCAGAGUUCGAGGUGAUCUCAUGUGACACGAUGGGAGUUUUUACACUCCUACUACAUUCCGGUUGGACAUCCCCAAAAACAAGGAUGAUCGUAACCUUGACAAAAGUUCCAGCCGGCCCCGUAUCCGCCCGUCCCACCUGAGGCCACGACCUAUAGGGCCCCAUCUCUCCCUGAUAAGGGCUGAUUGGUAGCAGUGCAGUCUCACCUCUGACACAAGUACACUCCAGGGACUGUGGGUAAUUGUGUGUUUUUUUUCUGCAUCUAAAAAGAAAAAUGAAAAACAAGACAGGGAGAGAAAAGCGAGGCAGGAUCUCACACUUCAUCAGUUAAAUGAUGCUGAACCAUGUUAACUUAGCCGCCCGUGAAAAGAAGGAGACCUUUGACUAAUGUUAGACUUAAAUAUACAUUUGCAGCUCUCUGCCCAUUCGUGUAAAAAAAAAAAAGAAAAAGAAAAAAAAUAGUUAAUAUACAGUUUCCUGUCUUCUAUCAGCAUAAUUGUCUCUGAGCCUCAGUAGUGGCGCUGGUGCAAUCGUUCUUGGUAACGCUGUAAAGAAAAAUAAAUCGUAAUGGUUCAUUUCCUGUGUGCUACUAUGAUGUGAAAUGGGCAGAGUAGAAAUGACAGAACAUGAUACAAUAGGAUGCCGUCAUUUUUUUUUCUUCUGUGUUGUCACUUUAGCUUGCUCACAGCCUCUGGAAAAUGUAUUCUUGUUUUGUUUUUUUUGUCUCUGAUGUUUUUUUAUCACCUCGGCUGCCAUGUUGAAUGUUGAGUAUCUUUGAUCAUGUGCUGUCGUCACUUGCGUAGCAGUGUUUGCUAUCAAGGAGGAAAAAAGUAUUCUUUAUCUUUGCUAUCCUGAGUAUGUCCACAUUCCUAUUGUUCAUGACAUCUGUACAAUUUGUAUAUUAUAAAAUGAUUUAUAUUUAAUGUG